UGCGCCGCAGUUUAAAUAGCGACGCAGCCUUGAGUCGAGGAUGAAAAAACAAACAAACAAACACGCGAGCAUGUAGCAGAGGGAUGUUUGUGAUCAUGUUUGACCUGAGGACACCCAGGUAACGCAUUUAAACGCCUCACUUCCAGCGGAGCCUGCCGAUCAUGUAAGUAACAUCACGCAUGCACGCUCGUGUGUUAUCACGUCUUGUAUGUGGAGCAAGGCGUGCCCCCCCCACCCCCGUGUAACAUGUUUACGUGCCUCCCACGUGACUUGUACUGUCUAUUCUUACACUCGAUGUCAUUUGUGUUAUCGUUCUUUUUAAGCGCCACGAUAGCGAGCACAUACCACAUUUUCCGUUAUUUUUGUCCGUUGACCGAUGUCAUUGCCGUAUAGUUUAUUUACGUAUUCUUUCACCCACCAAGUGCUUCAUGCUUGUUGUUUUCCACAAAGAUGAUGCGUUAUUGUACAUGCUUGUCAUCACAAUGUGGGGAGAGUGUCCAAAACAAGAAGGUUCCUGCGCUGAAUGACCCCCACCAGUUGUCCCGUGAUUGUUUAUUACGUAAUAUAUACGCAUUAUGAUUGGCUGUUCAGGUCCUCAGCGUGUGCGCGUGUGUUCCAGAUUGCACAUGGUCAGUGUAAACAAAGCAGUAUGUUCACUCAGCUAUCUGCAUUGUUGAGACAUGCUGGCAAAUACAUCGCAGUGUUCAAACACGCAGUUAUGCAACGUGUUUAUUAUUGUGGUGAUAGUUUGCGGCGGUGUCGACCUGUAGUAGUUUCUCAUAUGUUUCAUGCAGCGUAGUUCUACAUGACGGAAAACUACAACCACAAUAAUAAACAGUGUUAAAUGAAGUCCACCAUGACAGUAAUGUCAUGGUCAUUGUGUUAAUUGUUGCUACGGUGCGGUGAAUCACCUCUGCCAGAAUGUCCCUGUUCAUGCUGCUGACACAAAAAAAAAAAAAAAAAGUCCUUAUUAAUAAAAGGUCAUGCGAGAUAAGAUGAUUAAUCCGUUUAUUAAUCAGUCCAGGGUUGGGCUAGACCAGUGGUUCUCGACAUUUUUACACCGGGUACCACCUCAGAAUUGAAUAAUGACAAACAUUAAAAUACAGCAAUGUAGUAGGCCUCAGUGUUCAUCAAAAAACAAAUAAACAAGACAAAGGUUUUAUUGCUCAAAAGGGUUUCAUGAUAGAUGAUGUUGUUAUUGUAAGCCAUUUUAACACUAUUCCCGGUUUGAACGCGAACACUGCACUUAAAUCAGUAGCUAAAGAAAAAAGUCGAGCGUAAAAUAAAAAGAAAAAUGGGACCAAAAUAAAUGUUUAAAAACAAACAGAUGAAAAAAAUGCACUGUACUAGAAAAGUAAAAGAAUAAAUACCAGGCUGUAUGCAUAGCUUCAUAUUCUAUUAUGUUUGAUUACGUUGCAAAUUUUAAAUGUUGACAGUUUUAGUCAUGAUUUUAAUUCAGCAAUUCUUUUGCGUAACUCAAGAGAGAAAGAGAGAGACCCCACGUACCACUACUGAUGCUCAUAGCACACUUUGACUCGUCUGAGCGAGACCAUUGAGUUUCCCCUGAAUCUUAAAUAUACAUUUUUCGGGACAAUUUAAUGCUUCCGACUUUGCGGACAGCCCUUUUGUGCUCCAAAGUACAUGGAACAAGGUCCAUGAACCACACAUGGUUGGAUGAGUUUGCAGUGGAAAUAAAACUGGAUGGAACAGCCAUUGUGAGUCAGGCCGUUUUUCAGGUCGCUCGUUGGUGACCUGUCACAGAUGUCCUUCUGGAUGAUUGGUCGCACAGCCACGCCACAGCACCUUGGAGAAAGACUUCCCAGAAGAGUGGCCUCCGUAGACUCCAUAUUUCUUUAGGUCAUGUCGUGAUGGCAGUGAGACUAAAACAGUCAUGCAGUUCUUGUGUAGCGUGACUUCAAGAACAGAAGGCCUUAAAUCUGUAGUGAUCAUUUUGAUUGUUGUUAGGUUGCCAAAAGGUGAAGCCAUCUGGCAUUGAAGUGUACUCUUUUGUCCUUCAGUAACCCCUCAACCACAAAUAUUUAAUACUUCCUUCUUUUUUUUUCCGUUUGUGUCUACAGUCAGGUAUUAUAAGCCCUUAUACUGUAUAAACACAAUCACUAGUCAUUCAUUCUAUCUUGCUCGCCUUGUUUGGCAUCCUGGGUUGAGAGCUUUUCGGUCCGCUGGAUCUGUGCAGCAUCAUUCAUCUUUGUUCCAAUAUCUUUUUUUUUUUAAUUAUAUAUUUUUUUUAAGCAUUAAAUUGCAGACAGCAAAAAGAGCAAUUUCGAUGUCAUUUCAACAAAAGAAGAAAAACACUCCUUUUGCUCCCCUUGAACUCUAACACUAAGGAAAAAAAUGCAACAUUGAGUACAAAAAUAGAUGACUAAAUAAUGAAUUAAUUAUGCAUCUUUUGUACGAAUGGCCUGGAAUGAUAUGAUCAAUAAUUCAUAUUUUGGAGCAUGUCAGGAAGCAGCCUGGCGAUUACGAAACAGACCUUAUCGCCCACCCUGAAGACUGCAUUUCAGCUCAUUUAAGCAACAAAAUCCCUCCCAAAAUGUCAACAAAAGAAAGCAAUUGAAGAUGUUUGUUAAUACAAGUUCCGUUCCUAUUGGGGGAAGUUUGUACGUAAGUCGGAACGAGUUGUUUACCUACGCCCUUGCGGUAGUAAGGUCAUCACUGCAGUGAGUAUUUUUGAUAAAAAACACUUCUAGACCCUAAAUAUAAAACAAUUAAAUGGAAAAACAUUAGGCCAACGGUAACUUCUUGCGCAUAUUCUUUGGCCGCUGCACAAACUAGUUCAUUGUGGAAAGGUCGCUUGCAGAGUAUUUCGCCGUGUUUAAUAGCAACUCACAGACACUGCAUAUAAGCCCUCUAGAUACCGUGAGCAGAAUAGAUGAUGACAUCAGAGGAAUGUAAUUGGUUGCUUGGUGAGGACUAUGGUAUACAAUGUCCAAUAUUUCAUAUUUAACAGUUUGGACUGAUAAAUACAGUAUAAUAACUCGCCCAUCCUGAACAAGAGGCACAAUGCUUUUAUGAAACGGUCAAAUGUUGUGUAUCAGAAUAAGAUUAGCGUGCUUGACUGCCAUCAUUGACUCAAUGUCUCUGUGUCCAGUUGUAGACCAUGAAUUAUGUGGGUCAGCUGGCGGGCCAGGUGUUUGUGCAGGUCAAAGAGCUGUACAGAGGCCUCAACCCCGCCACGCUGUCCGGCUGCAUCGACGUGAUCGUGGUGCGCCAGCCCAAUGGCUCCCUGCACUGCUCGCCAUUCCACGUGCGCUUCGGCAAGAUGGGCGUCCUGCGCUCGCGGGAGAAAGUGGUGGACAUUGAGAUCAAUGGCGAGCCAGUGAGUUUGCACAUGAAGCUGGGGGAGAACGGAGAAGCCUUCUUUGUUAAAGAAGCUGAAAACACACUGGAAGUAGUUCCGGCCCACCUGGCGACGUCGCCCAUCAUGUCGACGGGUGAGGAGCUGAUGGACUCCCAGUUGAGCAGGAGCAGCGCACGUCACCAUGACAGCAUGAUGUGCGGCUCGCUUCCGGUCCAGAGCGUCGGGCCGCAGCAGGGCGACGGAGGCGUGAACAAGAAGAGGAGGAAGAGAAGGAGGAAGGCCCGGCCAGAGGGAGGAGGAGGAAGAAGGGACGAAAGCGGAGAGGAGUUUUCGGAUGACGAUAACAUGUUCACUAUUGACCUGAGCUCUGAUGACGAGAGAGAAGUUGACGGUGGAAGAACUCUAUACAGUGAUCAAGGAUCUGCAGCCAACACGCACACCAGUACGGACAGGACACGUCCACAGAGUCAUGUGAUUAAGGAGACUGUCUCCAUCCCGCCGUCCUGCGGUCUGUCCAUCUCUUGCCCGCAGCAGACGUCUCACUUCUCCUGCGACCUUAGCAACCCAGACGACUCUCUGUCUUCAACGCCCAAGAGCGACUCCGAGCUGGCCAGUGGGGCGAAAGACAACCCUGAGAUGCUGUGGACCUGGGGGGAGCUGCCACAGGCCGCUCAGCCAUCCUUCCUGACUUCCCAUCGGAAGCAGGACUUUCCCACAUCGGUCUCCAUCCCAGUGUCCUCCAGCACUCACUUCAGGAGCAUCAGUGACGCCGGAACCCCCUCCCGACCUCUCUAUAUCUCUCAGCAAGGGGACAUGCAGGCUGACAGUCAAGACAAGCGACCCAACGGUGGGAGUGGGGGAAGGAUUGCAGAAGAGCAUGGAAGAGCGAUGGAGAGUGUGGGUGCGUCCUAUGCAGAGAUGGAGAGUUUAACAGCAUGUUCAGUGGCUCCCAGCAUCAUCCCUGAUCAUCUGGAAGAAGACAGGAGCAGAGGAAGUCCGAUUAGAAGAACGGAUUCACCUUCCAAGAGGAAAGAGAAAAGGAGCCAACAUCUUGGUGCUGAUGGUGUAUACCUGGAUGAUAUUACAGAGCUGGAGCCUGAAGUCGCUGCUCUGUAUUUCCCUAAAAGUGAUGGAGGCAGCAGUUCGAUGAAGUUGGACUCAGACGUGAUGACGAUGGACGUGCGGAGUGCAAAUCAGUCCCCACAGUCAGUGGGCAGCUGCGGGAUGGACAGUGGUGUGGACAGUCUCCUGGACCACAUGGGGGACCUCCCUCACGUAGCCAUCUCGCUGUGCGGCGGGCUCUCGGACAACAAGGAGAUUACGCGAGAACACUUCCAGGAGAGGGCAGUGUCGUACCAGCAGUUCUCCGAAAACCCUUCCCUUAUCGACGAUCCCAACCUGGUGGUGAAGAUUGGCAACAAGUACUACAAUUGGAAUACAGCGGCUCCAGUCAUGUUGGCCAUGCAGGUCUACCAGAAGCCUUUGCCACAGGCGUCCGUGGAGAACAUCAUGAAGGACAAGAUGCCCAAGAAGGGAGGACGAUGGUGGUUCUCCUGGAGGAGCAGGAACAGUGAAUCCAAAUCGGAGUCAGCGACAGAGGGCGCAGGAGACAGAGAAGAGAGUUCCGUUACCAUGGCGACAGCUAUCAGAAUGAAAGAUGAGUCGUCCUCGAGUGACGAGGAGCACAGACCCACUUUUGUGUCCGGAACUCGCCAGUCUGACACCCUCCUUCCUUCUGGUAACGUUUGUUACAAGAAGACUCUUCGGCUCACCUCAGAGCAGCUGGUGAGCCUGCAGCUGAAGGAGGGUCCAAACGAGGUAGUGUUCAGCGUGACCACACAGUAUCAGGGCACGUGUCGUUGCCAUGGCACCAUCUACCUGUGGAACUGGGACGACAAACUGGUCAUCUCCGAUAUCGAUGGGACCAUCACCAGGUCAGACACACUGGGCCACAUCCUCCCCACGCUGGGUAAAGACUGGACCCACCAGGGCAUCGCAAGACUCUACCACAAAGUCAGCCAAAAUGGAUAUAAAUUCAUGUACUGCUCGGCGAGGGCCAUCGGUAUGGCGGACAUGACCCGAGGUUACCUGCACUGGGUCAACGAGAGGGGAACGAUGCUGCCGAUGGGCCCGGUGAUGCUCAGCCCCAGCAGCCUGUUUUCUGCAUUGCACAGGGAAGUGAUUGAGAAGAAACCCGAGAAGUUUAAGAUUGAGUGUCUCACGGACAUCAAGCACCUUUUCUAUCCCAAUACCGAACCUUUUUAUGCUGCUUUUGGCAACAGAGCUACAGACGUGUAUUCCUACAAGGAGGUGGGCGUUCCUCUCAACAGGAUCUUCACUGUCAAUCCAAAGGGGGAGCUGAUACAGGAACAUGCCAAAACUAACAUCUCCUCUUACGGGCGCCUGUGUGAGAUGGUGGACCACGUCUUUCCCGUCCUACUCCAAAAAGAAGGAGCCGACUUUCCCCGUUCGGACACUUUUAACCAGUGCGACUACUGGAGCGAGCGGCAUCGUGACGGCAGCAACCAGCACAGGGAAGAGGAAGAGGGGGACUUGCAGCUUCUGGAGAGCAGCUGAGCACGUGUAAAUAUAUGUUAUACAAGUGAGGAGAAGGCUUAAACCAAACUCAUAUCCAGAAUGUGUUUUAACACUGCCAUUAUUCAAUAGCAAUCCUAUAAGCUCACAAUACAGGUCUUUAAAAUGUGAAGAAGUAAGAAAGAAAAGAGAAAAAAAAACGUAAUAACUGCAGUAUACCUCAAAAGUAGCACAGCAUGAACAAAUAAUGGAGAAUGACAGUAUCAAGACUCAUAUAUGGUACAAUGACUUGUUUACUGACUCGCAGACACACAAAAAAGCACAAGUAUUAUUUGUUCAACCCUACUUACAAAAUAUACAUACAAAAUCAUUAGCACUUAUCAUAUUAUCAAAGAGAAAUAUAUCACCAGUGUUAAAUGACAAGCAUGAAGCUCCCAGUUGUGUUAAUCAGAAGGAAAAAAAUGUAAAUAAAAAAAAAAACUAAACAAUUUGGAGCAACAGUACACUCUUGUUAUUGGACAGAGGCAAUAUACAUAUAUAUAUAUAUAUAUAUAUAUAUAUAUAUAUAUAUAUAGCUAAUGAGAUCCCGUCGAAAAAUUUUGCCUUUUAUAAAGUAAUUGAUUAUUAUUCAUGAUAAUAAUAAUGUUGAUAAAAUUAUACAAUUAUAUUUUUUUUAUAUAUGAUUACUUGUAUGUUUUAUUGUUGCAUUAUAUAAUUCAUUUUCAUACAUUAUUUUAUGUUGUUUCUUUGAAUGUGUUGUUUCUGUUCAAUUUUGGGUUUUAAUAGAAAUGUAUUUGAUAUACAUUAUGUACAGUUAAUAGAUUAUUAUUAAUAGUAGUAAUAAUAGUAGUAGUACCAGUAUUUUUAUCUAAUUUAAAGUCCCUGUAAAGUGAAAAUACAUGUCUUCUAAAUUUGACACACCACAGAGAAGAGUGUUGUUAACAAUCGGGCCAAAUUUGAAUGAUUAAAAAAAAUCGGCAAGUAUAUAAAAUGAGGCUUCAAAAUGAGGCAUCAAAAUUGUUCACCUGCUCUCAGGUGUUGUGGGUGUGUCGGCUGAAUGCGCUGAAACCAAACUGCUGAUUUGUCAACAGUUAAUCAAACGCCACUACUACGACUCCAUAUAGCAUCUUUCUCAUGCCUGUACAGAACUACAUUUGAGAAAAAUAUAUUAGCUUAAAAGCCUCCGGUGGCGGGAAUAUAUCCCACAAGUAUAGAGCACCUCGUUGUCACGGCUUGGAAAAGUCCCACAAUAACGAGGCGCUCUAAAGCAGCCACGCCAGCGCAAAGCUGGCUGUCAAAUCCGAUUCGCCUUUGUGAUGUACAAGCGCUCAUGGCCAACAACGACGGCGCUCCAAAGCGGUCACAUCAACGGGCUAUCCGAAGUAAAAUUGGAUUUUGGCAUAACUAGCUAACUGCACGUUGCAACUGCAGCAGAUAAACGCUGAUGCGAACAAAGUCGUUCAAGUUCUUAUACAGUGCGUGAGGAGCGACUCCUGUUAGAUACCGUAGUGGGUCAUCGGGCACCGUUUUAGCCACAAUCACACCCCAAAAAUCAGCAAAAGUGAAAUGUUGAAAAACAGUCUAACCCUAUGUCUCCACAAUUGAGUACCACAUAGUUCUCGGUCUCUGCACAUUUUCAGGAUUUAUCUUAAAACAUAUAUUACAAAACAAAUCUCUGAAUUCACUUCACAGUGUCUUUAACUACAUGACAUGACAUUAUUAUCUUUGUAAAGUUGCCUCAUUGGAUUGUGAAGGUGUACCUAAUGAAGUGUCAGACCUCAACCCGAAAAGACAGCGGUGAGAGCUGUCUUUCAACGUGUCGCCUCAAUCCAUUCGUGCGUGCCGAUAAACACAAGUGGUCACGUGACCGCGCUCCUGUGAAAAUGUGACCGUUAUACACGCAAGACAAUGCAAUUGAUGCCAUGGAGUAAUGUGCACGUGUGUACACUCUGUGUUACUGUUAUCAAUACUAUCAAUGCAACUUUUUAUAGCAGGACUCAAUCACUGCUAUGUACUAUUUUGUUUUGUAUGUGUUGCAUUCAUUGGGACGCAUGCAUGUUCACUCACACCUCACUGGGAAGGCCACUGUAAAUAGGAAACAAUGUUCUCUAUGAAAUGACUGCUAAUUAUUGGUGCUCACGAAAGCAAUAGAAUUAGUGUGAAAUACUUUGGGAGGCCAUUGUUCUAAGUGGUGUAAACUUGGUGCAACAACUAAUAUGCAGCCAAUUAGCACUUGUUUAAGUUCAGCAAAAUGCAAAUUGAAUGUUUCUGAAUGCACUCAACGGACUAACUGACUCACUUAUGUUCAUGUGUUUUUAGUAUUGUAGUUAUGUUCAGAAAAUGGACUUUUUGUGUCGGUGCGCACGCGCGUGCGUGUAUGUGUGUGCCAUUUUUAUUGUAACAUUGCUAUGCAUUAUCGUAAUAUAAUAACACCGUCAUUGACUGGUCACCUCAUUUCUGUUAGGAAGCGCAUUGUUUUUUCUCAUCGUAAUUAUGAUUAAGUGUGUGUGUGUGUGUGUGUGUGUGUGUGUGUGUGUGUGUGUGCGUGUUCAUAAUUACGGAAAAAUAUUUAAAACAUCAUAUGCAAUCCACUUCUCGAGAUUUUUAUUGAGCAUUUUUAUGAUGAUUUAAUUCUUUCUGUGAAAGAUCUAAUAAAAUUAUUGACAUGUU